AUGAAGUUCAAUCCCUUUGUGACCUCUGACCGGAGCAAGAACCGCAAACGGCAUUUCAAUGCACCUUCUCACAUUCGGAGGAAGAUCAUGUCUUCCCCCAUUUCCAAAGAGCCGAGACAGAAGUACAAUGUUCGCUCUAUGCCCAUUCGAAAGGAUGAUGAAGUUCAGGUUGUCCGGGGACACUACAAAGGCCAGCAGAUUGGCAAAGUGGUCCAAGUGUACAGGAAGAAAUACGUCAUCUACAUUGAAUGGGUGCAGCGGGAAAAGGCUAAUGGCACAACUGUCCACGUGGGCAUCCACCCCAGCAAGGUGGUGAUCACCAGGCUAAAGCUGGACAAAGACCGAAAGAAGAUCCUGGAAAGGAAAGCCAAGUCUCGACAAGUAAGAAAGGAGAAGGGCAAAUAUAAGGAAGAAACAAUUGAGAAGAUUCAGGAGUAG